UGCGUUUCUAGGAUCUUCGGGCUGCUGGUGGCUUAAAACUCUGGAGUUGUAGAGGCCCCUACUAGACUAGUCGUCUGGAAGCAGCUUAGACCUCAGAGAUGGCUCUGAGUAAGUCAAUGCAUGCAAGAAAUAGAUACAAGGACAAACCUCCUGACUUUGCAUAUCUGGCUUCCAAAUAUCCAGAUUUUCAGCAGCAUGUUCAGAUAAAUCUGAAUGGAAGAGUGAGUCUUAAUUUUAAAGACCCUGAAGCAGUCAGAGCUCUGACUUGUACUCUCCUAAGAGAAGAUUUUGGACUUUCUAUUGAUAUUCCACUGGAGAGACUAAUUCCCACAGUUCCCUUGAGACUCAACUAUAUUCAUUGGGUAGAAGAUCUGAUCGGUCAUCAGGACUCUGACAAAAGUACUCUCCGAAGAGGAAUUGACAUAGGUACUGGGGCAUCCUGCAUCUAUCCUUUACUUGGAACAACCUUAAAUGGCUGGUAUUUCCUUGCAACAGAAGUAGAUGACAUGUGCUUCAACUAUGCAAAGAAGAAUGUGGAACAGAAUAACUUAUCGGAUCUUAUAAAAGUGGUAAAAGUUCCACAGAAGACACUCCUGAUGGAUGCUCUUAAAGAAGAAUCUGAGAUAAUCUAUGACUUUUGCAUGUGCAACCCUCCCUUUUUUGCCAAUCAGUUGGAAGCCAAGGGAGUAAACUCUCGAAACCCUCGAAGACCCCCACCUAGCUCAGUAAAUACAGGAGGGAUCACAGAGAUCAUGGCAGAAGGAGGUGAAUUAGAGUUUGUUAAAAGGAUCAUCCAUGACAGUUUACAGCUUCAAAAAAGAUUAAGGUGGUAUAGCUGUAUGCUGGGAAAGAAAUGCAGCCUGGCUCCUCUGAAGGAAGAACUUCGAAUACAAGGGGUUCCUAAAGUCACCUACACUGAAUUCUGCCAAGGUCGGACAAUGAGGUGGGCUUUGGCUUGGAGUUUUUAUGAUGAUGUAACAGUACCAUCACCACCAAGUAAGCGAAGAAAAUUAGAGAAGCCAAGGAAACCCAUUACAUUUGUAGUAUUGGAAUCUGUGAUGAAAGAAUUAUCCCUCAAAGCAUCGUCUUUGGGCUCUGAGACAGUGGAAGGCAUAGUAGUUGUGACAACAUGGAUUGAAAAAAUUCUCACCGAUCUGAAGGUCCAGCAUAAACGAGUUCCCUGUGGAAAGGAGGAAGUUAGCCUUUUCCUAACAGCCAUAGAAAACUCCUGGAUUCACUUAAGGAGGAAGAAAAGGGACCGAGUUAGACAACUGAGAGAAGUUCCCCGAGCUCCCAAGAACGUCAUCCAAGCCUUGGAAGAGAAAAGGUCCCCCGCUAAAGAGUCUGGCAAGAACCAAGACUUGGCUCAGGGUCCCCAGGAGAGUGCUCUGUGCGGGCCUGCUCUACAGGAAGGCGAGUCUGCCACUGUGGAGGGCCAUGGCCUAGACCAGGACUCGCUUUCCCAGGAGGAAAACCCAGAACCCAUGGAGGAUGAAAGGAGUGAGGAAAAGGGAGAGAUGGAGGUUUGGGAAAGCUGUAAAGGCUCCAGUAAUGGAGCCCAGGACCAAGAGGCUUCUGAGCAGUUCAGCAACCCAGUGUCUGAAAAAGGGAACCAUCUCCAAAGAGUGGCUGGAUGUUACCUAUUCAAGUGUUUGAUAAACGUUAAGAAGGAGGUAGAUGAUGCCUUAGUUGAAAUGCAUUGGGUUGAGGGCCAGAACAGGGAUUUGAUGAACCAGCUUUGUACUUAUAUACGUAACCAAAUUUUCAGGCUUGUUGCUAGUUAACUCCAAACUCCUUGCACAGUAAAGCAGCUUGCUUUGGAGUGUGGCCUGUGGGGUGGCAAGCUGAAUCCCACCAUUGGCCUACUGGUAGCAUUAUAUGGAAUUAUCUGAAACAAAUGAAUCCAUUUUAAACAUCCCCCUCCCUUUUUUUUUAAGUUAACAGGGCACUGUAGUAUGGUAGUUCAGAGGAAGAAUUGUGGUUAUUUGCAUCAACAAAAAGCCAUCAGUAAACUCACAAGGGACUUAAACCUGACUUAAGCUGAUCACCUU